AUGUCUUCACCACAACAAAUAGCUCAAACUUUCCAAAAUGCUUUAAAUAUCAGCGACUCAUCACCUAAUGCUGUCUCCACCUCCCCAACCCAAAACUCGUAUUUGCAACAGUUCGCUGGAGCACACAGAAAAUCUAUACUGAAGCCAACCAAGACUUUAAAGCCAUUCUCUACCGGUGAUAUUAAGAUUUUACUUUUAGAAAAUGUCAACCAGACUGCCAUUAACAUUUUCCAAACUCAGGGUUACCAAGUUGAAUUCUACAAGUCUUCAUUGCCAGAAGAUGAAUUGAUUGAAAAAAUUAGGGAAGUCCAUGCCAUCGGUAUUAGAUCAAAGACCAAGUUGACCGAAAAGAUCUUGCAACAUGCAAAGAACUUGGUUGUCAUUGGUUGUUUCUGUAUUGGUACCAACCAAGUUGACUUGGAAACUGCCGCCAAGUUAGGUAUCUCAGUUUUCAACUCCCCAUUCUCUAACUCUAGAUCAGUUGCUGAAUUGGUUAUUGCUGAAAUUAUUACCUUAGCCAGACAAUUAGGUGACAGAUCAAUUGAAAUGCAUACUGGUACUUGGAACAAGGUCUCAGCCAAGUGUUGGGAAAUCAGAGGUAAGACUUUGGGAAUUGUGGGUUACGGUCACAUUGGUGCCCAAUUAUCUGUCUUAGCUGAAGCUAUGGGUAUGAACGUUUUAUACUUCGAUGUUAACAUGAUAAUGUCCUUGGGUAACUCUAAGCAAGUUGACACUUUAGAUGAAUUGUUGGCAAGAUCAGAUUUCAUCAGUUUACAUGUUCCAGAAACUUCAGAAACUAAGAAUAUGUUAAGUACUCCACAAUUUGCAGCUAUGAAGAACGGUGCUUAUGUUAUCAAUGCUUCCAGAGGUACCGUUGUUGAUAUCGCUGCCUUAGUUCAAGCCAUGAAAUCAGGAAAGAUUGCCGGUGCCGCUUUGGAUGUUUACCCUAACGAACCAGCUAAGAAUGGUGAAAACUUAUUCGCUAACGAAUUGAACCACUGGACCUCAGAAUUAGUUUCCUUAAGAAACGUAAUCUUGACACCUCACAUUGGUGGUUCUACUGAAGAAGCACAACUGGCUAUUGGUAUUGAAGUAGCUUCUGCUUUAUCCAAGUAUAUCAACGAAGGUGCCUCCACAGGUGCUGUUAACUUCCCAGAAGUUCAAUUAAGAGCCUUGGACUUGGACCAACAAAACUCUGUCAGAGUGUUGUAUAUCCAUCAAAACGUUCCUGGUGUUUUAAAGACUGUUAACAAUAUCUUAUCAAACCAUAAUAUUGAAAAGCAAUUCUCAGAUUCCAGAGGUGAUAUUGCUUACUUGAUGGCUGAUAUCAGUGAUGUAGAUACCACUGACAUUAAGUCAUUAUAUGAACAAUUAGAGCAAACUCCUUACAGAAUUGCCACCAGAUUAUUAUAUUAG